ACAGUUCACGCUGCACCGGACAAGAUGCUCACACGGGAUCCGCUAUCAUACAAUUCUACGGUUAAGGGCAGAAGGAUGGCCCGGUAUACGCAGGUGUUCAGAGACUGUGACAUAGUACUCAAGCACAUACUAGGAGAUUUGAACCCUGUGGCGGGUGUACAGUCGGGUUUAGAUUAUCACAUUGAUCCCGUAAUGCAGGUGCAUGCAGCGCCGGUAGAAGUACGGGUUCAUUAGAAUGAGCCGCUGGUGGUGUCGCCGAAAACUGAGUCUUACGCGUUAAGUAAGAGCUGGUUCAUCAAGUUUUAGAGGACGUUCGGGCCGUUUGAUGCGGAAGCUUUGCACAUCCGACUAAUUAUAGGCUAAAACCCUUCUACCUGCCUACUUUGACAAGGGAACUUUCUGCACUGCGCAUCUGAGCGGGCACCAGCUGGUACCUCAACCCGAAGUGGCUGGGCCUGGGCAAGGUGGUUGCGAGAAUCAGGAGACAAGGCAACGGCCACAUUGAUUUGUCCGUAUGCUCCUGAGGGGAGAUGAGGUAAAAAAAUGAUUCCGCUGCCUUCAGCUGAUCCCGUGGUUAUUUAUCAAACGGAUGGGUGUUCCUGAAGUAUGGGCAUCAGCCCAUGUCUGCACCGGAGUGUAAAAUGCUAGUGUGUCACAUACAUGAGUCCAAACAGGUCGCACAUACAGCUCGCGCAAGGAUUUAUGAGAAAAGAUCAAGGCCAAGCGUCCUGUCUUCGCGAUACUGGCUACGGCGGCAGUAAUGCGCGAGGAUGAGGUGGUAUUAUGCCAUGGUGCAGGAGAACACAGAAGGUGCUGUGACUCAUCCGAGUGGAAAAAUGGUUACUUGUGGGCUAUCUGAUGAGGACGCAGGCAUAGCGACAGAGCACACCCCUCUACGGUAGGUACAUCUUCCACGCAAUCCUGGAGGGAAGCCAGUGGGGUAUUUGAGCAGUCGGUGCCGAAAACAGAAGUCCAGCUUAAGGAAGUUGGUGCGCCGCAGGUUGGGGGGUAGUUAGGAUCAGAGUACACGCGCUCAGAGUGCCAAGUCCCCGACGAAGCUGACUCGCCGUCGGAGGAAUGCAGCCAAGAUUGUGGACACGUACCUGUUCGGGACGACAUGGACGUUGACGAGCCGAAGGCCAGGAAACCACCUAGUACAGAGGAGCGCACUAAGAUAGAGCAGGAUCCAUGGAUGGGCCUAUGGAAGACGUGAUACGUGAACGUCUGCGGUCAAUAAGAAGGUCAGUCUUUGGGGUUGAGAUGGUGGGCACAUUCAUAGAACCGAUUGUAUGCUACACUCACGAGCUCUCGGUGCAUGCGAGUGCCAAGCGACUGGAUCAGCCCAUGCGCACGCUUUGCGGUUGGUGCGUCAUGAUGGAGAUGUGCACUCAUGUGUGCCAGAGUUGCGAUGACUGUCAGGCGAUCUCUGAUGAUCUGGGACUGGACAAGCGUUUGCAGCAGCAGCCACGUUACUCUGAAGAAGCCAUGUGUGAGCUUAGCAUGGACUUUAUGGGCUUUGACUUGGUGAGCGGCUAGUCCAAGGUGUUAUUGGCAGUGGACACACAGGCUCGCAUGAUGUUUGCUUUUAGUGUCUUUGGUCCAAAUGCAGACGGUCCGUCGGUAGUUCGUUUU